GUGCUUGUUGUAGACUUUCGGUGGUGGAAACUUAAGAGAAGAGGCGCUAGCAGAGAUGAACUACUGUCUGAGCGUAGGCGGGGGAGUGGAAGGGGGAGGUGACAGCAAUGAGCAGAGAAGCAGGCAGUGCUGAGAGAGCAGGGAGACCCUCAGGAUCAGAGACGUUAGCAGACUGCAACCUAUAGAGCAUGAGAUGCUGCUAGGCUUAUCAGCGGCGGGAUUACACAGAACCACACGAAUCGAUACCUCAAGCCCUGACCUAGGAGGAAACCCAAGCACUCACCCCUUCCCAAUGUGCGUGAUGCAGGCAGCUACCCUCCAGAAAUUCUGUAUUCCUUGGUGAAAAGUCUACAAGACAGUCCAGCAUUUAGGAGUCUAAGGUUCAAAAACAAUGCCAGCAGCUGCAGUUCAGGAACAAUAACAAAGAAAAGCAACAAAUGCGUAUGCAAAGAAAGCAGGAAGAAAAUAAAUAUUAAAAAGAAGAUAAAGAUUAAAAAGAAGAUAAAGAUUAAAAAGAAGAGGUACAUCAGAAACAGAACACUCUAGAAAUGGAAAUGCAGAGAAAGCUGAAUGAGGCAUACUGAGAACAAGUGGCAAAGAGAGAGAAAGGAGGACGUUUAUACACAAGAAAGUAAAAUGUACAACUUGCUUUCAAGAACUGAUGAAAAUGCUUAAAGGAAACAUCUAAAGACCCUGUUUUAUAAAUCCCAAUAUACAUGUUUGGACAUCGUGAACUAAAUCACUCUUGUGGUGGUCACAUAUAUCUGCUAAGAGAAUAUGGAAUGGAUAAUCUGAAUGUUGCUAAAAUAUCAGUUUCUUGUUCCAGUCUAAUUAUUUCUUAUGUAAGGUGGAAUUUCUUUUAAGUUAGUAGAGCUUUACAGCAGCCACAUUGCAUGGCUUUCUGUAGUGAUUAGGAACGAUCAGUUACAUCGUACACAGUGCAUUCUAAUCAAGAAAUCUAAAUCUCUUUGACGUCUGAUUAGUUUUUACUGGACCAUAAACAUCUGGCAACCUAAAUCAGCUCAGGUCUUGCAUGUUGGCACACCACUGUGCAACCUGUAUUGGUGUUUCUUUAUCUGAAAAUGAUCUACUGUGCCUGGAGUUGUGAUCACCUCUGCUCUAAGGUCUGAACAUCUUAUAACCAUAACAGCCCAGACUCUGCAUGUUGGCACGCGUGUCUGAUUCUGCAGAUAAUGGGCUGUGUGCAUUGUAAAGAUAAGGGCUCAAACAAGUCCCAGAGUGACAGUGGAAACGGAAGCAAUAGUCAAGCCACAAACGCUCGCUACGGGCCUGAUCCUACACAGGCAAGGCAGGACAACAACCCUGUUUUUAUUCCAGACUUCAACAACUUCCACAACACUCCAGCGGUUUCAACACCAUCGUCAUUUGGUGGUCCUAUCUCCUACAACUCUACAACUUUGCACUCCAGGGUAGGAGGCAUCACAGGUGGAGGUGUAACAUUCUUCAUCGCUCUCUAUGACUAUGAUGCCAGAACAGAAGAUGAUCUCACCUUUGUAAAGGGAGAGAAGUUUAACAUCAUCAACAACACAGAAGGGGACUGGUGGGAAGCAAGAUCCCUCACAACAGGAAAGACUGGUUACAUCCCAAGUAAUUACGUGGCUCCAGUUGACUCAAUCCAAGCAGAAGAAUGGUACUUUGGAAAAAUUGGCAGAAAGGAUGCAGAGAGGCAGCUCCUGUCUCAUGGAAACCCACGUGGGACUUUCCUCAUCCGAGAAAGUGAAACCACUAAAGGUGCCUACUCAUUGUCAAUCAGGGACUGGGAUGACAAUAAGGGAGACCAUGUCAAGCACUAUAAAAUCCGUAAGUUGGAUAAUGGUGGGUAUUACAUCACAACCCGUGCACAGUUUGAGACGAUACAGCAGCUUGUUCAGCACUACAUGGAGCGAGCUGCUGGCCUGUGUUGCCGCUUGGUGCUUCCAUGUCACAAGGGGAUGCCAAAGUUGGCAGACCUGUCUGUCAAAACCAAAGAUGUGUGGGAGAUACCUCGAGACUCACUGCAGCUCAUCAAGAAACUGGGCAACGGGCAGUUUGGGGAAGUGUGGAUGGGAACUUGGAAUGGCACUACAAAGGUAGCCAUUAAAACAUUGAAGCCUGGUACUAUGUCCCCGGAAGCAUUCCUAGAAGAAGCACAAAUCAUGAAAAGACUUCGCCAUGACAAGCUGGUACAGCUGUAUGCAGUUGUAUCCGAAGAACCUAUUUACAUUGUCACUGAGUUCAUGAGCCAAGGAAGCCUGCUAGAUUUUCUAAAAGAUGGAGAUGGAAAGUACCUGAAGCUUCCUCAGCUGGUUGAUAUGGCAGCUCAGAUUGCUGCUGGAAUGGCUUACAUUGAAAGAAUGAACUACAUUCACAGAGAUCUCAGAGCUGCCAAUAUCUUGGUAGGAGAUAACUUAGUAUGUAAGAUUGCUGACUUUGGACUAGCCCGACUGAUUGAAGAUAAUGAAUAUACAGCACGGCAAGGUGCCAAAUUCCCAAUCAAGUGGACAGCCCCUGAGGCAGCACUUUAUGGCAAAUUCACAAUAAAGUCUGAUGUAUGGUCAUUCGGUAUUCUUCUAACAGAGCUAGUCACAAAAGGGAGAGUGCCAUACCCAGGAAUGAACAAUCGUGAAGUACUAGAACAGGUCGAAAGAGGUUACAGAAUGCCUCCCCCUAGUGGAUGCCCAGUUUCUUUGCAUGAACUGAUGAUUCUGUGCUGGAAGAAAGAUCCAGAGGAGAGGCCAACAUUUGAGUACUUGCAGUCUUUCCUGGAGGACUAUUUUACUGCCACAGAACCACAAUACCAACCUGGAGAGAACCUGUAAAUCUCUUCUGCUGAAUGUGAUAUUUUGUCUGUCGUAUAGCAAAAACCUGGAGUAUCUAUUCACCUUUUACUUUUUUUUUUGGUUGUCUCCUCUGCAAGAUUCGGAGGUUUCAUGCCAGUUAUUGUGGACAACAGACUGCUUACAAAGACAUUGUUUAAAAGCUGAGGUAUUUUGGCUUUAAAAUGGCAGGGAGAUUUAAAACAUUUUUUUCCUCGUGGUUUCCUCUUUCCCAAAAUGAAAAUAAUGUAUCUCUCUUCUAAUGCGCUUCCAAAUGCACAUACUGUGGAAUUACUGGUGAGAGGAGUUUGGAGCACUAAAAGGCCGUCUUAACUAGACUGAACCUGAAAUUUUCAAACAUAUGAGGAGAGGCAUUAUGUGAUUCCCUCCCAUGAAAACAUCAUUAUGAUGCUCCAUGUCAAGAGAUUCGGAAUUAAAACAGGUCAUAGAUUCCACUGUACCUUCAGAGGCCUACUCAUAGAGCCAUAUUAUUUGGGCUUUACUUUUUGUUUCUUUAAAAGGUAAAUGUGUGGGAAGGAAUGGAGGCUAAUAUUAAGCAAAUCCUCACACUGGAAUAUUUUAUUACCCAGACAUCUGACCACUGCAAACAUUUAAGCAGGGCCAGAAAUAGGCCAUGCUACUGUUUUAUAGUACUUUAUUUUAAACUAAUAUGAGUGAGCUGUCAGAUGGUAAAAAACAACUUGCCAUGGUGUGCUGUAUGAUUUCCAAGCAGACAGACAGACAGACAACAAGUGUGCCAGACAUGAAGACAGCUGAAAGAACUGAGUACUUCAGUUUAGAGAAUAGACUGGUUCAGUGUGUUUUUUUUUUAACAAAUCAUGUUAGUGGUAUAUACUGUGAUGAACCUGCCUCUACUCUUAUUUUCCCAUCUAUGGAGACAAGAUUUUUUUUUUCCUUUUUCUCGUGUGUUUCCUGCAGUCCAGAAGAUGCAGCUAGUAAUAUGUUAUCACUUAAAGUGCUUGGGCAGAUUUCUUUUUUUUUACUUUGAAGGGAAGGCAGCAGAAACUCAGACUAUCUGCAUUGUAGAAGUUAUUAAUACGUGUGAGAAAUGAGAAAUUCUUCAGACAGUGAGCUACUUUUAUAUAACUGAGGUGGGAGCGCAGAUUAGCCUCUGAAUUGUAACUAUAGUGCCUUCUCUUUAAUGAAGGAAUUUCUUGAGACCAAAAAGAAAGAAAGAAAAUCCCUUCCAUAUAACUGCAUAUUCUCAUUUAAUUAAUCCUUCUGUCCAUUUUACAAGAUCUUGGUUUUAGCAGGUAUUUUUUAUUCAUGCUACCAGCACAAGGGUUGCUAUGUACUUUGCUAUCAGAUGCUUCGGGUAAAAUCGUCACAUUACUCAUUUAAAUGGUAAAUAUCCAGCUAUACGAAAAUCCAUUACCAGCCAUUUCUGAUCCUAAGGCAUUUUUGUAACCAGAAACUCAACAAUGUUUUUUACAAGUAAAAGCAACACCAGAGCCUGUGACUGCAGUGGAAAUGAGGUUGCCAUAUUACUGCAUCUUGGGAAAAUAUAGCAGUUUAAACAUUUAGUCCUUAAUUGUUAGAUCAUCCUAGCCAGUGGAUGGUUUCACAUUCUACAUUAAACAAGUGACGUUAUAAGAAUCAUUCUGUGCAGCAGGUCUGUGUGUAAUUAACAUACCAGAGCAGUUGAGUAUUUGAUACCAUUUAUUUGCACUGAAGGGUUCUGAGUAAACAGCACACCAAAGCACUGGAAUCUAUUCUAAAUGCAUUGCAUGUGUUGAUGGUUUCCUUGCCAUAUCCAAACAGCAUAUUUAUAACACAUACAAGUCCUUAUCCUGGUUAAACAACAUGCCUAAGGUUGUAACUUUAGGCUUCACAGAUAAAUAGAUUGUCUAUGCUGAUGGUUUCUGGUUAAUUAAUGCAUCCUAAGCCUUUCACUCAUGUAAAUAAUUUCCAUGUCCCAAUCAGCAGGAGUUCUGUAUGUCAAUCAUACUCACUUCAUCAUAUGGCAAAAUCCUUGCCCCUAGAGCAGAUGGUUUGCCUUGCAUGAAAGUCUAUGUCCUAAAAUACUGUAAAAUACAGCCAGACCCUUAAAUAAUGUUUGAAAGCAUUUGCUACUCCUAAGUUUUGUGUUAGCAACACACCAACACCAGAGAACCCUGCUGUUUUUAUAUCUAUCUAUAUAUAUAUUUUUUAAAUCAAGAUAACCUAUCCUUGUACCAAAAAACCUUAAUUACUUCUCCUCAUUCAUAUCCGAAUUCCUGUUGCAGUCCAUACUUACUGUCUGCAUCGAAACAGUUGCCCUUCUUGGUGUUACCCACUGUGGCAGGAUGUGGGCACCUGCACUUGAUGAUGGAUGCCUAGGAGUUGCACAUUUUGAUCCUGUUAUUCUAUACUGGCUGCAAUAUGAAGAACACAAGACACAAGCUAUGGCAUGCAUGCUUUUAUGCACGUUCAUCCUCAGGUACUUGUUGGAGCCAGUGAGCUAGCAUUUCACUCCUAGCAGUGUAUACCCAGAAAGAAUGCACCAUGCGGCUGUUGUUCUGCAAAGAAAUUCUCAUACACUUUCUGAGGAAGGGAAUUGCCUGAUAUCAGUCUCUUCGUCCCAUCCCUUCUUGUUGUCAUUCCCACUCAGGGGCCCUUAAUUGAACCCUGGUGAUCAGUAGAGUAGUCAGGAACAAACCCUCUACUUAUCUCCUGCUUUGCUUUUAAAACUUGUGUAUGUUAUUUUUGUCAAUAAACAAACUACAAAACAAAUAAUUAUUUUUCCUGUUGUAGGGCCAGUCCAAUCAUGCAGAAAUGGUUUGUUUAUUGUGAUGCCACCAGCCCUGGUUUCAUGCAAGAAAAUGAACCAGAAUGAGAGAGAGCAGCAAAGCAUAUGCCGAUUAUUAUUCCUUCGCUGGGUGGAAGGGCAUUUGUGCAUCCGGAUAUGUCCAACUUUCUGGAAUGCAUGUGCUUGCACCAGUUGCACUGCAUGCAGAUAGCUACACAUUACAUCUGCUUUCCUGAACUUCAACAUAAAACUCAUAGGUUCAUAGGUGUGUACUAGGCUAAUGGCCCUGGGGCCUUUACAAGCCUAGCCCAUAAGAUUACCCUGGCAUAGUGCCACCCGACCUUAGUUC